AUGACAUCUUCAAAAGACAUCAUAAAAUGGUCAGGUUUGUGUUUUUUGGGACUUAGUGUUGCAGUGGCUCUGUAUAAAAGAGAAUCGUUGCUAUCUAGAUUCAACUGGAUACAUGAAAGUCAAGAAGACGAACUGACGAAUACUGACGAAAAUUCCCCAACCAAAUCGAAUUCAGAUACCAGCACUAUACAUGCAUGUGAUAGCACUGUUAAUGAUACCGACUCCGACUCGUUCUUCAGUGUUACAUCAGAGUGUGACGGCGUGUGUUGUGAAGCCGAACUGACAGACACUUCGUCUUCAGAUGAUUUUGAAGACACCUAUAAGAAAAACAUUGUUAUAAAGAGUGGUAUUAGAGAUUUGGAGGCGGAGGAACAAAACCACACACACACAAACGCAGUCAGAGAAUUAGCACAGCAACUGUCUUCCCCUAUUGUUACCUCCAUGGAAUCUCAGACAACACGUCGUGACAUCAAUGACAACGGUUACAAUGACGUAACAUCAACAUCACGCGUACUCGAAGAUACGUCUCCAUCAACCUCUGAGCCAACUUCUUAUAACCGUAUUUAUGAUGGAUACCGCUCCAUAGUUACGCCUAAUUCACCAUCUACGCUGAUGUUUGGUACACGUGAUAAAUAA